CUCUCAAUUUACAAGCAAAUUUAUGUCUUCGUUCGUGUAAAUAAUUCGAGUUUCAGUGGCAUUCGCAGAGAAAAUGCUGUUAACUAAUUCCUUUGUAAUAGAUUUGCUAUUAGCUUUAGUAACUCUAUCGGUUGGCGCGUAUUACUAUGUGAAACAUAAGUAUAGUUAUUGGAGCAGAAGGGGUGUACCUCAGUUAAAGCCGUCGUUUCCCAGGGGAAACUAUGGGAAAGGUUUGCCCAGAGGUAUUGCUAUUGGAGGUGUAUCGUUGGAAUUCUAUCACAAAUUAAAAAAAGCCGGUCACAAAUUCGGAGGUGUCUACAUGGGUCUGGAUCCCUACCUGGUUGUCAUGGAUCCCGAUAUAGCGCAUCAAAUAAUGACCUCAGAUUUCACCUCUUUCGCAAAUAGAGCUAUGUACCAAACUCCCAGAAACCCCAUAACCCAUAAUAUACUCACUCAAGAAUUUCACGAGUGGAGAAUCGCAAGGACCAAAUUGUCGCCUAUCUUCACAUCGGCCAAGAUGAAGUUCUUCUUCAAUACCAUGAAUAAAUGCAAAGAUGUGUUUGGACAGAAUUUACAACGCGUAGUCAAUGACCCGAAUAAAGACAUCGACGUGUAUGAAACUAUGGCUUGUUACUUCACAGAUAUCAUUGGCUCGAUGGUAUUCGGCGUCGAAGCGAACAGCUUCGACUCCCCCGACGCUGAUCUCCGGCGCGUCGGCAGGCACAUGUUCGAUACGUUCUCCACGAAGGAACAAGUGAAACUCUUCCUGGCCAUUUGCUACCCGGACCUCGCGAAGCUGCUCAAGGUCGGCUUCAUUCAGGACAGCAUCGUGCAAUUCUUUAACAACUUCGUACCCGAUGCGAUCGAGCAGCGCAAGAAGCAAGGCAUCUACCGCACGGACAUACUGCAAAUUUUGAUCGAAAUGAUGGACUCCGAUACGAGCACGACUUUAGAGGAAGUAAUCGCUCAGUCGUUUAUAUUCUUCACUGGCGGAUUCGAAACGUCGUCAUUUACGUCUUCGAUGAUGCUCUACGAGCUCAGCAAGAAUAAAGAUAUGCAAGCGAAAUUGAGGCAAGAAAUAAACGAUAUUAUGAAGGAAAAUGACGGGCAAUUGACCUACGAGUCUAUAAAAGGCACGAAAUACUUCACGCAAAUCUUCUACGAAACGAUGCGGAAAUAUCCAGUUUUGGCUACUAUUACCAGAGUAUGUGUGAAGGAUUAUGAAUUUAAAGGGCACGAUUUGAAAAUUGAAAAGGGCACCGGAAUCAUUCUACCUCAGCUGGGUUUCCUCAGUGAUCCGGAUCUUUAUCCUGAUCCGGAGAUUUUCGAUCCAGAACGUUUUGCUGAGAAAGAUACCAAACAUCCAGGGUAUAUGGCUUUUGGAGAUGGACCCAGAAACUGCAUGGGAAGCAGAUUCGCCAUGCUGCAGGUGAAACUGGGAGUGGCGGAAGUGAUAAGGAAUUACGAAGUUUCCCUAAGCCCUAAUCACAAGGAACCGUUGAUCUUUAACGAAUUUACAUUCGUUACCAAAGUAGACGAACCGAUUCUCUUAAGACUCAAAAGGAUUAAUUAUUAAUUUUUGUCGCUCACACACAUUUUCGUAUACUGUUUAUUUUUAUACUUUAGUAAGUUUAAAUAUUAAACGUAUUUCUCAG